AGAAGUAAAAGUAUUUAAGAUUAUAUUAUGCAGAGAUAAGUUACGUGAUCUGCCGAAAUUUAAAUUCCUAAUUAAUUGCACCGGCUGUGCAGCAAAUUUGCAUAAUUCUAUCAAGAAAGUUAGCGGCAGACAAUUCCGCAAUGGCUGCCUUUGCGUGACUGAUGAGUAGUGCUUCGUGGCACAAAUGCAAUAAUUUUUAUUAGCUAUAAUAUUGUCCAUAACAAACAAAUAUAAAUAUAUGUAAAGUAAAACUAAAAAUUGAAAAUGAUGCAAUUUAUGUUAUUGUUCAGUCGUCAGGGAAAACUUCGUCUGCAAAAAUGGUACGUUGCACAUCCAGACAAACUUAAAAAGAAGAUUACGCGAGAAUUAAUUACAACAAUUUUGGCCAGAAAACCAAAAAUGUCAAGUUUUUUAGAGUGGAAAGAUGUCAAGGUUGUUUAUAAAAGAUAUGCCAGUUUGUACUUUUGUUGUGCGAUUGAACAGAAUGACAAUGAACUGUUAACGCUUGAAAUAAUUCACAGAUAUGUCGAGUUAUUAGACAAAUAUUUUGGCAGUGUUUGUGAACUAGAUAUAAUUUUCAACUUUGAAAAGGCUUACUUUAUACUAGAUGAAUUACUGGUUGGUGGUGAAAUUCAAGAAACCAGCAAGAAGAAUGUUCUCAAAGCUAUUGCAGCGCAGGAUCUUUUGCAGGAGGAGGAAACGCCGCAAGGAUUCUUUGAAGAUCAUGGGCUUGGAUAAAUAAAAAAAUUCCAUUUUAAACUACUUACCUUCGUUCUGAGAUCGCCCUUUUUAUAAACUGUCUAACUAUUGGGAAUCAUGAACGGAGACCAGAAAUUCAUAACUUCAUAUAUUUGCAAUUUAGCAUCGAUACUCAAACUCGAUCGACACUCACUCCAUUAAAUUUUAAAAGAAAGUUUU